UCAACGGUAGUCGAGCUGAUCGGAAGAAGUCGCGUUACAAAGUGCGUGUUCAAAAAAGAGGGUUUAAAGCCGAUGUAAACACCUGCAAGUUACUACAAUGCUGCAAUUCCAAGUGUUUGGUUCGGUUGGGCUGAAACGGCCCAUUGGGUUCGCCCCGGGAAGUGAUGGGUGGUGUUUAGUGAUUGUGUUGAUUCUGGGACUUGGGACGCUAGUGACUCGUGGUGACCCCAUUCCGGAACCGGAUCCAGCGAGGAUCCUGGGAAAGUACUACUUUUCAGUGGAACCUGGACAGAAGGAGUAUACGCUGUCGAAGAAACCCGUUGAUCUGAGCCAGAUCCUCGGCGACGAUGACCUGGAUCCGGACAGUUCGGCGAGUUACAGAGACCUUGUAGGAGGUCAUAACCAUAACCAUCAUAACCAUAACAACCAUCAUCACUCUUCGUCGUCUUCAUCCCACGGGUCGGGAACAUCGCCGGGGUUCAUGACCUCGUACACGACCUCAACGCGGCAUGGCCACAGCCUGAAGAGUCCCAGCCUCAGCUACGAUUCCGGAAGUAGCGACGAGGACAGUGACGAACGUGGUGGCAACCACAACUACGGACACAGCAGUUCGGCAUACUACAGUAGCAGCAGCAGCAGCAACAGCGGAAGCAAACGCAAGCCGAUUAUCCCGAUUCUGCAGUCGUACAGUAUCAUCCACGCGACCAAGGAUCACCAUGCGCCGCCUUCAAGCAGUGUCAAGUACGUUGGAUCCAGCAGUGGCAACAGCUAUACCGGAAAUAGUGGCCCAAGUGGUCCCAGCAACAGUGACGAGGAAGACUACUACGAAAGCAUCCCGUACACGCCCCCGAAGGUGGUCCACACCAAGGCUCGGGCAGUCCCGAUUGCGCAGCACAUCGAAGUGGAGAGGCCCGAGCCGAUUCCGUACGUGAAGAAGAUCCACGUACCCGUGCCGACGGAGGUCAAGAUCCAGAUUCCGCAUCCGGUGCUGGUGCCGGUGCCGCAGCCCUACCCGGUUCACGUUCCCGUGUCGCAACCCGUGGCGGUACCCGUAAUUCGCGAGAUUACCAUCCCGAUCGAAAAGAUCGUCCCGUACCCGGUGGAGAAGCGCGUGCCCAUCCCGAUCGAGAAGCCCGUCCCGUAUCCGGUCGAGAAGCACAUCCCGGUGCACAUCCCGCAGCCCUACCCGGUCAAGGUACCGGUCGUCAAGACCAUCUACCAUAAGUAUAAAGCCCCGCGGACUGUCGGCGUCGGCAGCGUGACCAUCCCGGAGUAGAUGGAUUUUAAUUAAAUUAAUGUUCUUUGUAAGGUAAUUAAUGAGCGGGGGGAAAUUUACAACUUUUGCUGUAAAUUGAACCGAGUUUGAACAGUUGUUGAAGUUUGUUUACA